AUGUUGCCCGUUUUCAAUCAGGCUCCAAACACGCUCGUACAGGCUGAUAUCUUGGAAUUCGCAGACACACUACGCGCAUAUGCGUGUAAACCGCGCUUCUUUAGGAAUUGGAAUGCAAGGCUGCGAGAGAGCUUCUGGGGUGAACUCGAGAAAUUAUACCCUAGUGACCACGUGGUUGUAAAUUAUGUAAAUUAUCGAUUGUGCAGCACGCUGUUCUCGACGGCGACGAGGAGUCACCUCGUCAACCUCAACAAACUCACUACACCACCUCAAGGCCACCAUUCUGGCUCAAACAACUCUUCUUUGGCUAGGAUGCAAACCUUCCUUUCGCCAGUGACGACGACCUCCUCUCAGCCACUGGACACCGGCGAUUCCAUCCGAGCUUCAGUCGGCCAUCUGCUCACCAGGGCGUACUCUCUCCCCUGUUCAACCGCAGCGAUGGCCUUUAAUCAGCUCGUACAACCCACAUCGCGAUUUCAGCUGGCUCUUGACGCGUUGUUGCCUCUUUUAGAUUCAAAUACCACUGCUGAGCUUGCGAACCGAAUUCUGGUUUCUUUCAUUCUGUAUUCAUUAUAUGCACCACAUCCUAUCGCCGUCAACCCUUUCAAGUCUGCCUUAUUCGUUGCCUAUCUCAAGGAGAGGGAAAAGGCCGUCAAAAUCUCCACUGACGGCAGUGUUAGUCCGAACGAGCAGUUGGUCUGGGUGUUGUGGAAGAUUUUAAAAGGAGAUGGUAACGAUAUUGGUCCUUAUUCCCCAAGCACGCUGGCACGCUCCCCAUUGCCAACCAAACUUAGAGCAAUUAAUCUCGUGCUUGAUGACGAACUCUGUAGCACUAUUUCUGACCUAGACGACUCGACAUAUUCUUAUUUUCAAAAUAAACGCAGGCAAUCGGCCUCCUCCGAUCUCAACGAACAAAUUAAACCACGCGUCGUCUCACCCGAAUACGCUGCUCUCCGAUCUCCCAUCACGCUAGAAGAAGACAGGGGCAACGAACGGCUCGUACACGCCAUCAAGCUCCUUCUCGCUUCUCGAGAACGCGUACUCACACUUUCCGAACAACGCAUCCUGGCACCCAUCAUCCCAGAAGUCGCCUCCUCCCGCCUCGUAGCCUCCCUCGACCUAACGCCCAUAGCCGCAUACAACCCCACCAUCGCCCACCCGCUCUUCGUCGGCCUCUUAACGAGCUCUAACCCCGAACACAACAACCCCCUUCCCUUUCUGGACGUUCUCCCCUUUUUGCCGCCGACCCUUGCGACGUUUGAUUUGCUUGGAAGGCUGUUGAGGGAUUCGACGAGGGUUAGUGUUCCGGGUUAUGGGAGUGUUGCGGAACUGGUGAGGGUCGAGGUGUUGGGGAGGUUCGUGCAUGAGGCUAUUAAUUGGUUGGAUUGUGCGGAGCGGGAGGAGAGGGAGGGGUUGAUUAGUGAUGAUCGAUUUGCGAAGGGGGUUCAGAAUCUAUGCAGGUUCUACAACUCGUUGACGAAGCUAUCGAUAGUUGACCCGGCGGCUGACACGGACUCUGCUGAGAUGGCGCAUUUUAGCUUGAGGAAUGCAAGGCUUGAAGAGGCUAAUGCGUUGUAUCGCGUGCUUGCUAGGGGACGGUACUGA